UUCUAACCCUCCGAUCUGAAUGGUAUUGAUUGCUUGGUAGUUGAUAUCUUUCCCCACGUAGAAUUUAUGAUAAAAUUAUUUUUCUUUAAGUUACGGCAGUAAAAUAUAGACAGUUAAAAAUAUGUUGAAAUUAGUGCUUGGUCUAUUUCUUUUGGCUUAUUCUGUGAGUUGUGUUCCAUCGAGAACAGUUUCUGAUCAUUUAUCUUCAAUACAUCGGCAGAGAUUUGAGAAAGUUUUCGCAGAAGGAAUAAGUUCAAAUGAUUUACAAACUGUUUAUUAUGCUGCAAUAAAUCAUGAAAAAAUUACUCAAGAUGAAAAAACAAACCUUUGCAAAAGAAUUCUUGAAGUACAUGCAGAGUCGAAGUUGAAUGAUUUUGAAAAGAACUUCUACCUAGUUGGGACAUACAAACAUUUGAAGUGCUCAACGCAAUUGCCACAAAAUGUGUUGAAUGCAAUAUCUACAUCUUUGGGAAAAGAUGUGUCUACUGCUCAAGAAAUGUUUUUCAAUUUAUUCAGCUCAAAAGUGAUGGGUAUUAAAAUUGAUAAAACAACUACCGAAAAGUUAGCAAAAAAUUUACAAAAUAUUCUUAAAAAAGACGAUUCUUUAAGCAGCUUAGGUUAUGCGUUUUUCAUUGGAGCUGAAUUUGGUAAUCAAGCUUCUUUCGUCGCAGAACGUAUAGAGGAUGCUAUUGUUCAAGCAGAUGAAGUAGAUGGAAAAAUGUUACAAUUUGAAGGAGGAUUAAGUAUAACUGCCUUAAUUAUAAACGGUGCAUUUAAAGUCACAAAAUCUUUAAAUAAACCCUCCCCAAUUUCUGAAGAGCAAGCUGUUAAAUUUGCGACAUACUUUUUAAGUAGAAGAUCAGUACAAGCAGCAAAAGGAGCCCAUGUUCUUUUGGAGGCCUUAAAGACAUUAAGUGACGAUAAGAGUAUAGCUCCUAUUUGCAUUCAAUUAAUAGGAAACGGUCAACUAGAAUCUUCUACACCAGUUUUAAAUAUCAAAGUACUUGAUUUAUUAGGUCGUCCUUUAACCCAACCCAUUUCAGCUAUAUCUGCUAAAAUAGUUGUGAAGAAAGGCAAUACAGUUUUAGCUGAAAAAGUUCAAUUUGCAUCUAAAGAUUCAACAAAAACAGUAUAUAGUGCUGACUUAAGUUCAUAUAAACCCACUCGUGGAAUAUACACAAUUGAUAUAGCUGCUGACAAAUAUUCGCAAACCUUAAACUUCAAAGUUUUAGGAAAAGUAAAAGUUCAUUCGCUUGAAAUUGGCGUUGGUGAUUCUGAUGCUUCUUCCUCUUUGAAAAAGCUUGCUGUUGUAUACCCCUCAAAAUUAGGACAAGUUUUGACUGCUGACCAUACUCAAAAACUAGUUUUGAAAAUUGCGCUUGUUGAUGAAGGAACAACAAAAACUAUAACUGUGCAUCAAGCUUUUGUGCGCUUACUAAAUGUUGAAAAUGACAAUGAAAUUAUUUUUGUCGCCGAACAGGACACUACAAAAGCAUAUAAAUUUGAUAUGGAUGUUGGCACGAGAGGAGGAGAUUUUGGAUAUAAAUCUGGUUUAUAUAAAAUUGAAGUAAUAAUUGGUGAUGCCUCGUUAUCGAAUUCAUUCCAAUGGCAUGUAGCGGAUGUACAAUUGAAAUUUUCACAGGAUGCAAAAACUGAUCAAACUAGCAAACCAAGAACAAUGUUACCAGAAAUAACUCAUAAAUUUAGGGAACCAGAAAAGCGUCCAUCCCGAUUCUUAUCGGAUAUAUUUACUGGACUAUGCUUGACACCAUUAGUGCUGUUGUUUAUUAUUUGGGCGAAACUGGGAAUUAAUGUAUCAAAUUUUUCAUUCAAUUUGUCAACAAUCGGUUUUCAUUUGGGAUUUGGAGCAAUUCUUGGUUUAUUUGCAGUUUUCUGGUUACAAUUAAAUAUGUUUGAGACAAUUAGAUAUUUAAUUCCUAUUGCUAUACUUACAUUCCUUUGUGGAAAUCGAUUGCUGCGAACAAUUGCCGCAGGCCAAAAAUAAUUUUUAAGGCUUAGUUAGAAGAAAGUGAUGAAUUUCCUAUCGUGCAAGUUAUACAAAAAGCAAGUAACUAUCAGGUUAUAAACGUAUUUAUUUACCUACAUAUUUCUUUAACUAUCUAUCACAUUAAAGUUCAAAAAACUUAAAUUCUAUUCGUGAAUUUGAAAAACAUGUAAAUUGCACGACGUCAACAAAAGAACAAUGUACGUAUUCUUAAGUUUUUUAAAACGCUUUUUGUUUUAAUUUUUCCAUAAGUCUAAACAUUAGAAUAAAGUUUUAAAU